CUUCGCGUUGUCUCUUUGCAAUUAAAUUUGGUUUGAAAGCGAGCCGGCCAAGUAUUUUAGGUUUGGAAAUCACUUGCCUCGUUCAUAUCCGAAACCUCAGCUCAUUUCUUAGCGAUGCCACACAACACCAGCCUUUUAUCUCUUUAGAUGAGAGAGAGAUCUGGAAGUAACAAGCUUCCUAGCCAUGGCAAGCUCAGAGGCUGGAACGAGUAGUGAUGUUGCACGAGCAUUAGAAGGUGAGUAUCAAGUAUUUCUGAGUUUCAGAGGACCCGACACUCGUCAUGGAUUCACAGACUUCCUCUAUGACGGCUUGAAAGAAGUUGGAUUUCGCGUAUUUAGGGAUGAUGAGGAACUCCGUGUCAGCAAUGUGAUUGGAGAGAGCCUUCUACGUGCUAUCAAUGGCUCCAUAAUCUACAUACCAAUCCUCUCCAAGACAUAUGCUGUCAGUAAAUGGUGCCUUCGUGAGCUUGCACGCAUAGUAGACAACGUGUCUAAGUCAGAUGGUGAAAAAAGUAUCAUUCCUAUUUUUUUUCAUGUGAAACCUGAUGACGUUAAAUUUAAGAAUCCAUUGUAUACCGACGCUUUACUGGAACACUCGAAGGAGUCUCCUGAUGAAGUCGAGGCGUGGAGAGCGGCUCUUGAAAGGGUAGCUAAAAUCAUGGGAUUGAACGUGACAGAGGACCAAAGUCAAGUAGAGAUUGUCAAAUCGGUUGUUGAAAACGUAUUGGAGAAGCUGGAGAUAAAGCAAAAAGAAGUGCCUCGACAUUUAGUUGGACUUGAUGAUCAGGUGAAACAAUUGACAAGGUUAUCAGCUACCGACCAAUGUGAUGUGCGGCUUAUUGCAAUUUACGGAAUGGGUGGAAUCGGUAAAACAACCAUGGCCAAGGUCAUCUUUAAUCAAUUGUCUUCCCACUUUGGAAGGCGUUGUAGCUUCCUUGAGGAUGUUCGAGUAAGCUCAUCAACCGAGGAGGGCAAAGUCCGGCUGCAAAAGAAACUACUAUAUGACAUUGCUGGUUCAAGAUGUGCAAAACAAGUCAAGGAUAGUGAACAAGGGAUGAAGAGGAUUAGAGAAGUACUCCACAUUGAGGAGGUCCUUGUGGUUUUGGAUGAUGUUGCUAAAGAACAGCAUAUUGAGCAUCUAAUAGGAAAUUAUUCAUUACGUUCAGGAUCUCGCAUAAUCAUUACAACAAGAGACAAAACAAUUCCAUCAGAUGAGGGAUUUCAUGGUAAAAUUCGACGGUAUGAGAUGCUAGACAUGGCUGCUCCUCACGCACUUCAGCUUUUUUGUCGACAUGCCUUUGGUACCGACUCUCCGUUGAAUGAUUAUUGUUGUAUUUCAAAUAAAAUUGUCUCAAGUGUGGGAGGGCUUCCCUUGGCAAUUGAAGUGAUAGGUUCAUCACUUAAAAGGAAAAACAAAGCAGUUUGGAAGGAGAUGUUGGACAAUUUAAAGAAUGUACCUGAAGAAGAGAUUCUUAAUAAAUUGAAAAUUAGCUAUGAUGGCUUAGACAAUAAUCAGAAACAUAUUUUUCUAGAUAUAUCAUGCUUAUUUUUCAAUGAGAAGACGACCAAUCCAAUUUACAUGUGGGACCAUUGUCAACUAAAUCCCCAGAGAGGAAUUGAAGUCCUUACUGAGAGGUGCUUGAUAAAGAUUUUGGAUAAUGAUAAGUUUUGGAUGCAUGAUCAACUCAUAGCACUAGGAAGGAAAAUUGUCCGUGACAACAGCCAUGGUGAACUUGGAAAGCAGAGUAGGUUGUGGAUUGCAGAAGAGGCCUUGGAUAUUAUAAGAAUCAAAGAGGUAAGCAAGAAAAGUUCCAUUUUCAUUUUUCAAACAGAAGUUGAAUCCUGAAACUAAGGGUUCCUUUGUUUUCUUUUGUUUGGGAUUUUUAUCAUUUUUUUCUUGCCCAUUCGAGUUGUGAGAUGUGGUGGUUGGAAGUUGCUGAAGUUACUCACAUUAUUGCAAAAUUUGACUUGCAGAGGAUGGACAAGGUUAUAGCACUUGACAUAGAUGGAUUUGAUUACUCCAUAGAGAUUAAAAAUCAGGAAUUUGAAAGAUUACAAAACCUAAGAUUCCUCAAGUUAUGCAAUGGAACCUUUGUUGGGGACUUUGCAAGGUGUCGUUCAAAGUUGACAUGGAUUUAUUGGCGUUGUCCUCAUCGGGAUUUUAGGGCGGACAAUAUGUAUUUGAACCAUCUUGUUGUUUUCGAACUUGGCUCAAGUGGCUUCAAAGAUGAUUCAAAAGUAUGGGACUUGAUCAAGGUAUUACAUGAUUUAAUUCUAGUCUAAUAGUCCCAGUGUGUACUAUGCAAUGGAUCUUUUACUUAACAUGCCAUUGAUUUUUACAGAGGGCACAUAAUUUGAGAGUUAUAUCCCUUACAGAGUGUAAUGGCUUAACGACAAUCCCGGACUUCUCUAAAUGCUUGCAUUUACAAAGGUUGACUCUUGCACACUGCAGCAGGCUAAAGAGGAUUCAAAGCUUCAUUAGACAUCUACAGUCAUUGAUUGAAUUAGAUAUUGAAGGGUGCAUUGGUCUUACAGACUUGCCUGAAGAACUUGGGGCACUAGCCAUGCUGCAACACUUCUCAUUGCAAGGAUGUUCUGGGUUGUGUGAACUUCCAAGCUCUUUUGGAAAUUUAACCUCAUUGAUAGAGUUAGACUGAUCAAAUACAGGCAUUGGCAAAUCAAAGAAAAUCACAAGAUGCAACUUAAGGUGGAUUGAGAGGUUAUCUAGAUUGAAAAAGUUAGAUUUAAAUUUGUCAAACAUCUGUGCACUUCCAGAGUUGGCUUCUCUUUCUCGUCUGGAAGAGCUUACUGUGUCUGAGCUUACUGUGUCUGAGGAAUGGGUAGAAUUCAAGAAUCAUCCACCCUCUCUGAAACACUUGCGUAUAACAAUGGGGACGUCAUCGAUAGAGUUGAUUGCUCCAUCAAACUCGGUGCGUCAUCUUCUUCAUUAAUAUACAAUAGACUACGUGAGUGCAUAGGCUUGGAAAUUGAAUUGUUCUAAUUUCUGUUUGAUGCUAUAAUUCGGCAAAACUACAAAAGAGUAAAAAGUCAAAUAUUAUUCUGAAUUUGGAAGAAGAUAAUUUUUUUAA